AUGAUGACCAAUAAACCUGUCAAUGCAAACGACGAGGAUCUGAAAGAUGGAAUGAUUGGUGUUGGCCAGCCGAUUGACCAACCAACAUCAAUGUCAUACUGUUUGCAACGAAUACGGCUGGGCGAGUUCUGUCGCGAAAUUACAGACAGUGCUCCAUUUGAUGCUCCGAAUCCUGGGACCCCAGACUACGAAAAAACAAAACAUAUCGAUGGCAAGAUCCGCGAAUUUGCCGCGGGCCUCCCGCCAUUCUUUUCACUAUCGUAUGAUUUGGACCAACUACCGAAAUCGAAUGGUCCCAGAUCAACUGGAUUAAUUGUGCAGCGGUACAUCCUGAACAACAUGCUGAACACGCAAAGAUGCAGGCUUCACUUGCCCUACUUAUCGCUCGCAUUCAAGGAUCCCAAAUACGAAUACUCCCGGAAAGCAUGUCUGGACGCGGCUCGAAUAGUCAUUCGAGCCCCCCGUCAACUUUCCCAAGAGGUGAUCCCGUUUGCUCAAGCACCCAUGAAAGUUUCUGGUAUGUUACAUUGUGUCUGUGUGGCCAUCAUUGUUCUCCUCAUAGACUACUGUGGAGGCAGCGAUCAACAAGAGAAAGAAGGGGGCCGAGCGGAGAUUUUUGAUGCCUUUGCUAUCUUAGAAGAAGCCAAGGAACAGUCACCCUUUGCUGGCCGGCUUCUUGAAUCUUUCCACACAGUUCUUCGUCGGCAUAAUGCAUCAACCUCCGCCGUUGGGGGAUCUCAAUCGAUCCGACUCUCUGGUCAGCACACUGCCUCGCCAGGGCUCACAAGCCAGUCUAAAGCACCGACCGCUAUGGAACUAACUACGAACGAUGAUUUCGUGAUGGACCCGACCCUGCCUAUUUUGGACGAUCUCUGGCAGGUUUUCGAUGAGAGUGUGGACUCAUCAGCAGUGGACUGGAGUGGCUUUUUCGCCGAAUUGGACUCACCCUUCCGGUCUAUGUACUGA